CGUGGUCGUGGACAAGCGUGUCAACGACAGAAUCUUCAUCUGUCUCUAGGAGCAAGCUACCGCCCACGGCUUCACUCCUUGAAACUUGGCGUCAGGUGGCAUUACACGGACACCAUGUCCAGCGGCAAUGUGGAACUACUGGGCGACAAUGUGGAAAUCCUGGAUUACGAACCCGAGGGCGAGGCUCCCACCGCAGAGCAGUUUCCAGCGGCCGUUUCCAGCGGCCGGUGCGGGAGACGAGAGUCCCCCCAUGCCCAUUGUGUUCACCGUCAAUAAUUUGCUGGCCAACAUCGCCACAGCAGAUCCGGCGGAACUAGAGCGGGCCUACAACACCGGACGUGCCUCUCUGGAGGAUAUUGUAGAAGCGGCCCAUCUGUCGUCCGAUUCCCCCCUUUCCGUUCCUCCUUUCUCGCUCCCGCCGGAAGACAAAUUAAUCCUCUUGCCCCACGACGAGUUUAUGGCGUACCAAAGGUUAAACGAGAUGUGGUGCGACGGUCUUGCUGGGAAGAUAGCAGAGGCGGAGGCGCGAGAGCAGGCGAAGCGUGAGGACGCGGAGCGCUUGGCGGAACGUGAGGCUGCUCUGGCUGCUGCGGCGAGGAAGCAGGAGGAGGAGCGUGAGGCUGUUCGGGCUGCCGCGGCGAGGAAGCAGGAGGAGGAGCGUGAGGCUGUUCGGGCUGCUGCUGCGAGAAAGCAGGAGGAGGAGCGUGCGGCUGCUCUGGCGGAGAGUGAGGGNGCUGCUGCGGCGAGGAAGCAGGAGGAGGAGCGUGAGGCUGUUCGGGCUGCCGCGGCGAGGAAGCAGGAGGAGGAGCGUGAGGCUGUUCGGGCUGCUGCUGCGAGAAAGCAGGAGGAGGAGCGUGCGGCUGCUCUGGCGGAGAGUGAGGGGUAUCUCCAAGCGGCUAGGGCGAAGCAGGGGGCGCUCCGAUCGCGGCUGGAGGAGCUGGAGCCCCGCCACCAGGACCCGCGAGCAGCCCCCUACCCCCGUCGUCGUGUUAUCGUCCCCCCCCCACGCAAUCCCAGGUGCCCCUUGGUUCCCAUAGUACCGCCUCGCCGCACGAGAAGGAGCGGGAGGUGGCGGCUUCUCCGACGAACAAGAAGGAGCGGGAGAGAGCAGCGACUCCGGAGUUUUCGGUGAUGUUGGGCUUCCGGCCGAUGCUGAAGACGGAGCAUCGUUUGCGGUCGCAACCACGGUGUACGAGUUCCACGUUGGAGAUACAGCGUUCCUGUCCCGCCCGUUGGAGAUGCUUGCAGAAAAGUAACGUUACACAAUGAG